CAGUCAGUAGAUCGUGGUUAAUGCGUGGCAUCACCAUUCAUCGUGGGAGUUGCUGAUUGGCUAACAUUACAUUUCAGAAUCUGGAGAGAUAAACAUAUUUUGUACUUUUUGUAUGGAUCCAAGUUCACGAUAAUAUUUGUUUAUUACUAUAUAUAUUUAUGUUAUCAUGGUCACAUGUGUGCAACGAAAAAGAAAACAAAUGAUACUUAUCUGCACUAUUUUAAACAAAUAACAGAUAGUGGAGCUGUCUUGCAUUAUCUUUAAAAUAAGGAAAUUAAUGUGAAUUUGUUGGCAAAGAUGACAUCGUAUACAGUAACAUCUGAAAUAUUUACAGAAAAUAACAAUUCUUCUAUAAAAAUAAAAAAUAAUUGUGCAAUAACUAACUUUAUUUUUAAGUAUCCAUCUUAUAUGAUAAAACCAAAAUAUAUCAAUGAAGGUAUAAUUUAUGACAAAGAUGAUGACAUAGAUGUAAAUAGGCAACAAAAGGGAAAAUUAGGAAUAGAACACUACAUAUCUACAGAAUUGCAACAUGUUGGAUUACAAGUAUGGCGAGGUGCCCUGUUAUUAGCUGAUUAUAUUUUAUCCAAUCCUGAUUUGUUCAAAGAUAAAGUAGUUUUAGAAUUAGGUGCUGGAGUUGGCUUAACUAGCAUAGUAGCCAGUUUUCUGGCUAAAGAAGUAAUUUGUACAGAUGUUGAUAUCAAAGGGAUAUUGAAAUUAAUACGUAGAAAUUUUAUACGAAAUAAUACUUAUGUUAAAUCUAAACUUUAUAUUAAAGAAUUGGAUUUUUUAAAUUUAAAAUGGCCAACAUUUUAUGAAGAAAGAAUAAAUGAAGCAACCAUUAUUUUAGCUGCAGAUGUAAUUUAUGAUGAAAAUAUAACAAACGGAUUCGUCCAAACAUUAGCAAAGCUUCUGAAUUCAGAAACAUCAAAAACUGUCUACAUUUCUUUAGAGAAAAGAUACGUAUUUACUACAGCUAACAUGGAUACUAGUGCACCAAUGUUUGAAGAAUUUCUAAACUGUAUUGAAAAACAGCAAUUCAAUUGGCAUAUUGAAUAUAUUAAAAUAGAUUUUCCACAAUACUUUAAAUAUGAUAGAGUAAAACAAAUGAUUCUUAUAAAAAUAGAAAACAAAUAAGUGAAAUAACUUAAUAUAUGAUAGUAAUGUGCAUGUACAUAUAUGAACUAUAAUUUCAAACAGUAUUAAAUAAGAGGUUUAAGAAAAUGUACGUGAUCUAGGAUAUAGCUAAUGGCAAUAAGAAAAUAAUUUACAUUUUCAUUCAUUUGUUUAAUCAUGACAAAAGUAUAUGCAAUUUUAUAAAAGGAUGUAUAUAUUUUUAAAAUAAUAAAUACUUAUAUUUUUAUGUAUGUAUUAAAAUCAUUGUUAUUUAUAAUCGUAAUAAUGUUAAAACAUAUGAUAACUUAAUUAACUGUAAAUUGAUUUCUGUAUACGUGUAAGAAUUCAACUGUCAAAGGAAGUUAUUUAAUUACCAAUAGCACUUUGUAAUUUAUUAUUACGUUUAGAAGAAUAAAGAAAGAAUUUUGACGAUUUCAAAUAAAAA